CUUCGUUUUACCGGUAAUCGGCCAAACAGUCAGCGAUGCUCCUACUGAAUAAACAAAAUCUCAAACGAUGUCUUAACUCCACAAAGAUCUAAUUAAAAGAAGUGAAUUCCAAGUUUAAAAAAAAAAAAAAAAAAACAAAGAAGUGAAUUCCUUCUAUAUAUAAUAACAUCCCAAUGGAUUUCAAUCAGCCAGUAGGGCAAAACUACGCCAAUCCAAGGACAUGCUUUUUCCAUGUCAUUUUCAAGGCUGCAGCUCUGGCAUUUUACAUACUCUCAGCGCUCUUUGUUGAUAGUUUUGUUAUCAUAUUUGUGGUGACUGUUAUUCUCGCUGCCCUAGAUUUUUGGGUAGUGAAGAAUGUGAGUGGCAGGAUUUUGGUAGGACUUAGGUGGUGGAAUGAAAUUGAUGACCAGGGCGAGAGUGUCUGGAAGUUUGAAUGUCUUGAUCAACAGUCAUUGGCUCGUAUGAACAAGAAGGAUUCAUGGUUAUUUUGGUGGACACUAUACCUUAAUGCAGCUGCUUGGAUUGUCCUUGGAAUAUUUUCACUCGUAAGGUUCGAGUUUGAUUAUGUCCUGGUAAUAGGAGUUUGUUUGAGUCUCGGUAUUGCGAAUAUAAUUGGAUUCACCAAAUGCCGCAAAGAUGCUAAGAAGCAGAUUCAAGCAUUUGCCUCCCAGACUAUUGCAUCACAUUUCUCAUCCAAGAUACAGUCUGCAUUCAGUGUAGUGUGAGUUACCUGAUCUGGAAGCAGAACCAAAUACAUGAUUAUGUUUGCUUAACUAAGAUGGCGUGGAACAAGUGAGGCAACACUGUUUUAGAGUUUUGACAUAAUCUUCUAUAGAAAUACACAGCACUUCUUUGUAUUCUUGUGGUGGCUUGACGGACAGCAAUACCAAAUUUCUUUUUCUUUUUUUUUUUUUUUUUUUUUUGACGUUAUAAAAACUGCGAGGAAUGUAAUAUAAUAUAAGGUUUGAAUCCCUCACUGCUGGUAUGGACGAACUGUACGUACAUGUUGACUUUGUUAGAAAAACUGACACGUGGCAGUGGAUUUUUUUAUAUUUUGUUUGACCUUUA